UGCUCAUCUCCCUGUGUUAACUGUGUGUGUGUUUGCCGCGCUUUUCCACCAGGCGGCGCGCGCGUGUUAGAUGUGUGGCGUUAAAUCGCCUCAGCUGGAAAAAUCCGGCUGAAACCGGAAACGAACCGGAUGGACGCGGCGGGGAGCGGUUGCGUGGUGCGCAUGCGCACAGCGGAUCCACACAACGCGCUGGUGUGAAAGUAUGCGCAUGCGCAAUGCGGAUCUAGUGCGUUAGACGCACUUCAGAGUUUCAGACUACCGAGCAGGAGACCUGUGAUGCAGAGGCAUAAGGACAUGUCCUGAUUCCUGGAUCUCCAGCCUCCAGCUGUGACAUGAUGCUCAUCACCUGCUCACAUCCUCUCACCAUCAGCUUCAUCAUCACCUCCAUCACCUCCAUCACCUCCAGCCCUUAAUCAGGGACAAACUCAGGGUCGAAGGUCACGCUGUGAGAAACAACACAACGGCCAGAGAGAGAAGAGAGCAGAGGGAGCUGAGCACUUCCUCUCCAUCACACUCCCUUCCUUCAUCAUCAUCUUCGUCAUCGUCAGCUAUGGAUGUCGUGCUGGCUCACCCGGUGUUGAAGGCGUUCAUGUGCGGUUCUCUCAGUGGAACCUGCUCCACGUUACUGUUCCAGCCGCUGGAUCUGGUAAAGACACGACUGCAGACUCUACAGAACAGCACACAGCCCGGUGGUGCUAAGGUGGGGAUGCUGCGUGUGUUUGUCACAGUGGUCCGGACUGAAAAACUCUUCGGUCUGUGGAAGGGCGUCUCGCCGUCGUUUGUGCGCUGUAUCCCAGGCGUAGGGAUUUAUUUCAGCUCAUUCUACUCUCUGAAGCAGCAUUUUUUCGAGCAGCGCGCGCCGGGAGCGUGCGAGUCAGUGUUGUUGGGAGCAGCAGCGCGCUGUGUGGCUGGAGUCACCAUGCUGCCCUUCACCGUCAUCAAAACACGCUUCGAGAGUGGGCGGUAUAGCUACAGCAGUGUGUGUGGGGCGUUGAGGAGUGUGUGUGAGACAGAGGGGCCGAGAGCUCUGUACUCGGGUCUCACAGCUACACUGCUCAGAGACGCUCCGUUCUCCGGCAUCUACGUCAUGAUCUACAGCCAGAGCAAGAGGACGCUGCCGCACGAGCUCGGAUCGUCAGGUCUGGCUCCUGUGCUGAAUUUCAGUUGUGGUGUGUUUGCGGGGAUUUUGGCGUCGGUGGUGACGCAGCCAGCUGACGUGGUGAAAACACACAUGCAGGUCAAUCCAACACGCUACUGCACAACACGCCACGCACUGCACCUCAUCUACACUGAGCAUGGAGUUGGAGGUUUUUUCCGUGGUGCUGUUCCGCGCUUGUUGAGGAGAACUCUGAUGGCUGCAAUGGCCUGGACUGUGUAUGAGCAACUCAUGGCACUUAUGGGCCUCAAAUCUUGAAAACACUCUCUCACACACUCACACACACUCACAUACACACACUCACACACACACGCACAGAAGAAACUCUCAGUAUUUAAUAGUGUUUAAUUAAACACUCUUUAAGAAAUCGACCCACAGCCAAUAAGCUGCCGGUCUGUUGAUGUUAUGCGUGGUCACUGAACAAGCCCCGCCUCCUUGUCCUACAUCAUUAAACAGGCCCCACCCACUAUAAUGUCACUGAGAAGACUCCGCCUCCACACUCAGUGCUAUUGCACCUGUGCCUGCUGUCACUCCAGAAGCUUAUUAAUUAGAUGACUCCGCCCCUUCUAAAAGCUCCACCCCUAAAGCCAAAAAGAAAAGAAACUCCGCCCACACAAAUAAAACAAAACUGUAAAGUUUAUUUAAUCACUAUAUAAAUUAUAUACCAUCAAACUCACCAUAAAAGUAUUUAUUUUUUAACAGAGUGAAAGAUAAUUGUUUUUAUAAUAAACUAGACUGAUCUGAGUUGUAUAUGAUUUACAUCUGAUCUACUUUCUGCUGCUUUUUUACAGUUUCUUCACUUCGUUAUCUAGAUUAUUAUUUUUGGAGGCAUUUUUUUUUUUUUAAAUCAAAAAUCAUUGCUGUUAGCUAGGUGAUCAUAAUCAAUGCACCCUUGUAAAAUAAAAUAAAAUAAAUUGAGCCUUUUUACAUAAAUAGUAAAAACAAGUUCCCAAGUUCCUGAGCUGAGAAAAUUCAGGAGAUACAGAACGCAAGCGUGUUACUGAGAAAUGGAGACAGUGGAAUAUUUCAUGUUUGUUCAAGCGCAUCUGUUAAAACUCUAAUCCAUCUUCAGGAUGGAAAUAUCACAUUUCCCAUAAUCCUUUGUGUUUCACAUUCUGAUGCUGCCUCAUUAUUACAGACACUCGGGUGCGUUUACGCUCUUUUAAAGACUUGGUGUAAAUUUGGUCAAAACACUGGCGAGACUCCAUUUUAUUAUCAUUAUUAUUAUUAUUAUUAUUAUUAUUAUUAUUAAUAAUGAAUACCGGAAGGUGUUGUAUGUGAUGAACAGGAUGUAAGAGAAGAAGCUGAAAGCUGCUUUUGUGUUACAGUGUGUAAUAGUGUGUGUAUAGAUUGUGUAUAGUGUACAGUGUGUAUAUUUGGACUGGAUGUACGAGUCUCACACACGUCGUGGUUUGUGAAUGCACUUUAAUUCAGGAGGAGCCUCGGUACCGCACGUGUGUCGCUAAUCAGUUCUACAACAUGCCGUGAUAUUUAACACAAAUUAACCUGCGUUUCAUUUGGGAGGAAAGCAUCUGGGUCAGUGAUUAAAUGCACUCCAUACACACUAACACGGAUUAACGCGAGGGUGUGUGUGUGUGUGUGUGUGUGUGUGUGCGUGUGUGUGUGUGUGUGUGUGUGUGUGUGUGUGUGUGUGUGUGUGCGCUCUCGUUUCCGUGCUGAACAAACUGGAGCUAGACUUCAGUGUCCUCUCAUGAUUGUUGUUCUUUAAUAUCUUCACUUUAUCUUGCUGAUAUUGCUGGUGUUUCCUGCUAGCGCUGUGCCUCCUGUUUUGUUUACAUGUGAAUAAAUUUGUCCUGUUUUCUUACA